AGCAGGAACAGGAUUUCGAAGCGGUGCCAAUAUUUUGUUGUCAUGACUUGAAGACCAACAUCAGGUAUUUAUAACCUGGAUUUUAUGGUAUAUAUUUCAUCGAUGAAGCCUCAGAAGGAAUCCAGGGGGAAGCGAGGGAAUGGUGGUGCUGCUGCUGCGGCUCGAGGACUUCCCCUCGUCCCGCUCUGUGGCGCUGGAUCAGGGCGAGAGUCGCACUCUGUCCCGCGGGCUUUGGUGCUGUGAGAGUCGGCGUGUCUCCUCAGGAAAGUGGCCGGAUGAUGAUUGCGGCCUGGGUGUCCGACUCCUGGUGGAGGAAAACCCUGUAUGUGAGCGGGGGAGCCUUGCUCGCCGCUGCUGCUUAUCUCUUCUACGAACUGCUCUCCAUCAAGAAAGAGCAGGAACUCGACUCCACAGACGCCAUCAUCCUCCACCUGUUCUCCAGACCAGUUCACGCUCCGAGUGUUUAUCCGUUCUGCUUGAAGUUAGAGACCUACCUGAGGAUGGUGGACCUUCCCUAUCAGACUUACUUCGACGGCCGCCUCUCAGCUCAGGGCACAAUGCCGUGGAUCAAGUACAACCAUGAGUGUGUGUCUGGGACGGAGUUUAUCAUCGAGUUUCUGGAGAAGAAGCUCGGUGUGAGUCUCAAUAGGGGUCUGAGUGCGGAGGACAGCGCCAUCACUCACACCAUUACUAAAAUGGUGGAGGAACAUUUACACUGGACAAUAGCGUACUGUCAGUGGGUGGAGAACGUUGAGGAGACUCGCCGCAGGCUGGGUGUGUGUGAGCUGCUGCAGUGGAGUGUGUGUGAGCUGAAUGGCAGCCUGGUGAAAAGGGAGAUGUACUGCCAUGGCCUUGGCCGCUUCAACACCCAGCUUAUCCACACGCUGCUAGAGAGAGACCUGCGCACUCUGUCUACGCUGCUGGGUGAUAAAGAGUACAUGAUGGGCUCUAAGGUGUCAAGCGUGGACGCAGCAGUGUUUGGACAUCUUGCUCAGGUUAUGUGGACGUUACCGGGAUCCAGACCAGAGCAACUCAUUAAAGGCGAGCUCCCGAACCUGGCGCGAUACUGCGAGCGGAUCCGGCGUGAGUUCUGGCCCGAGUGGGUGCUCGAUUAUGAGGAUACUUGUUUAGAGGCGUGCAUGGACGUUCACACACAACGCAGCACGUUCUUCUGCGCCGACACGCUGGACGAGAUGGACAGGCAGACUCUUUCACACAAACGUUCACCGGACACAGACCGCUCCGGACGCUCACUCUUCGACUCGGACAUCGAGAUGGACCAGUCGGACACUGAGCUAAAGGUCAAAGCCUGAAAGAUGGUCAUUUAAGUGGAGCGGGAUUUCUUUUCAUGCUAAGAGUUCAGGACACAUAAUUCGGGGCAGAGGUGUGCGUGUGUAUGUGUGUUAUGCAUGUCAAAAUGUUUUUUUUACUCAAAGCAUCAGGGUUGAAAAUCUUUUGUGAAGGCUGAGGAAAUAACCAAAAUACAAAAGGUGACCUUGUAGAUCACUAUACCGGCAGCCUGGCGCUCAAACACAGUGGUUUUAACUGUAUGUGUGUGCGCGCACCAGGAUUUCCCUGAGCGUGGAAUGAGAUGCUGCACAUCCUCGUUAAGUCACAGACCUUUUCUGCCAGUGAUUAAAUGAUUUUAUCCUAAAAUGGGUUAUUUAUUAGAAGUGAAUAUGUAUAAAUGUAUGUCUUUUUAAAUGUAUUUAUUUUUAUUUAUUUAUUGUACAAAUGUCUGUCCUGUCUGUUAUUACCCUACAUAUAGCUGUGAUAGAUAGAUAAUAGACAGAAAAGAUUUUGAGGUGCAGUUAUAUAAACUUCAAUCAUUAUUCUAACAAACAUACAUACAGAGAGAAAGAGGCAUUUACUGUCAUUACUCAGCAUUGCAGUUCCUUUUCAUAACCACUAGAUGUCACUCGUUCUCCUCACAUUCUGCUUCAUCAGUACAAAAUGUACUGUCUUGUACAUCGUCGCUUCAUAUUUAAUUCUUUUUACACAAAAAAAAAUACGUUUGCAGCUCAAUUUUCACUUCAAAUUCAGUGUACAUUCGAAAUUGAGAUGCAAAAUUUU